UCUCAAGUUGAUCAGUCUGCUCAGGAAACUUCUGCUGGAGAAAGUACUGGAGUCCAAACUGAAGGGGAGAGAAGUUGAGAUUUUGUGCAAAGAAUUGCUUUGCUCCUGCAGAGGACAAUAUUUCGGGAGAAAAAAAAAAUAGCACCUACAUUUUAAAUUGCUCAUUUGAAGUAAUUUUGCAGCGUGCACUGCGAAAAGCAACUCUGUUUUUUUUUGUUUUUUUUUUUUUAAAUAUAUAGAUAGCAACACUCUUGGAUAAAGACUCUUGGCUUUAACUGUAAAAAUCGGAUUAUCUGACUGAGGCAUUGUGUUCAUUAGACCAGACUCCUCUCCGCAUUUGAGGUUUUAUGCUAUAACUGAAGAGAACGCCAACAAUGUUUUUGAGUUUUUGCCUCUUGGUGACAUUUAUCUUGGGGCUGUCCGGCUGCUUGGGCUCAUACGUUCCGUGCGAGCCUUGUGACCAGAAGGCGCUGUCCAUGUGCCCUCCGGUCCCGGUCGGCUGCCAGCUGGUCAAGGAGCCGGGCUGCGGCUGCUGCCUAACGUGCGCCCUGUCUGAGGGGCAGGCGUGCGGCGUUUACACCGGGACGUGCACCCAGGGCCUCCGCUGCCUGCCGAGGAGCGGGGAGGAGAAACCCCUGCACGCCCUUCUCCACGGCAGGGGAGUGUGCACCAACGAGAAAGGAUACAAACCUGCCCACCCGCCCAUAGAUCGCGAGUCUCGAGAACAUGAGGACACCAUAACGACAGAGAUUACAGAAGAGUUGCAGCCGGCUAAAGUGCCACUUCUUCCAAAAGACAUUGUAAACACUAAAAAAGUCCACGCAAUGCGCAAGGAGCACAAGAGGAAGCUGGGCAAGCUGCGCUCCAUGGGUUCCACCAUGGAUUACUCCCCUCUGCCCAUUGACAAACAUGAGCCUGAAUUCGGUCCAUGCAGGAGAAAACUGGAUGGUAUCAUUCAGGGGAUGAAGGACACUUCUCGUGUAAUGGCUUUGUCUUUGUACCUUCCCAACUGUGACAGAAAAGGAUUCUUCAAGCGCAAACAGUGCAAGCCAUCUCGUGGCCGCAAACGAGGCAUCUGCUGGUGUGUGGACAAGUACGGUGUUCAGCUGCCCGGCACAGACUACAGCGGAGGGGAUAUUCAGUGUAAAGACCUGGAGAGCAGCAACAACAACGAGUGAAAUGGGGAGGACCGCCCUUUACCCCUUAUCCCCCACCCCCUAACCACCACAUGACCCAGGGCCCACGCCUCCUCUCUGAAUCACACCUGUAUGCUCCGCCCUCCGUUCACUUCAAGAUUGUUUUUUUUUUUUCAAGUUGGAAAAAAAGGAAGAAGAAGAAAAAAAUCCAAACAUAACAAACAGGCUGAACAAAAGAUACCUGUAAUUUUUUUUCUUUUCUUUUCUCUUGUUGACCAAGCACUCUUCUCCAAAUGAGGGGAAAAGUCCCAGAAGAUUUACUCCAUCCCUUGACUAUCGCUCAUGGGACCCCUUGUAUGAGCCGGGUCCCCUGGCUGCAGAUCCAUGAAAAUAUAUGCACUCAAUGGAUAUAUUUUUAUAGAGGCUGGGGGUUUCAGUACAACACUUUAUAUCAUGUAAAAUUAACACAGAAAUAAGCAUCAGGCACAUUGAUUGAAAAACAAAUCAGUUUUAGGCUGUGGAACAUGAAGCAACAUGUGGAACUGACGAUUGGCAGAGUAAUUUGGUUUUUUUUGUCUGUUUUCCAAAAGAAAAAAAAAAGAAACAAGAGAUAGGGAUAUGCUGUAACAGUUGACUCUAUCCGGGUAUGUGGUUCUGUCAGAGCACUUAUGAAUAGGGGAACCUGCUUAGAUUUGUGUAACUUCACAAAACGACGCGUGCAUGGGUGCGUGCAUGUGUACAGUGCGAAUGUGUGGUAUGUGUGAGCCUAUGUUGGUGUAUGACGGAGUGAGCCUAUUACAAAAAAGAAUGUCCUUUAUUUCUUUCUCUUUUGUUUGAUUUUGUCACAAGUAUCGCUAGCGCUUGAGGUGGUCUUGGGGCUGGCCUUCUUUAUUAUGUAAAGUGUGUCUUGGGACAUGGAGCGUUCAGAAACAAAAGAGUUAAGUAGAUGGUCACAGUUGAACCUAUGUAAGUGGCUCUUUGACAAUGUAGCUAGCCUGAUAUGCCAACUGUGCCUAUUUGAACAGACACUGCCAUGCAGGGCGACACAGAGCUUAGAGAGCGCUGACUCUACUGGUGAAAUAAAGAUUUUCAGCUUAAGUGAUGGGACUCAAGUUUGAAUUUGAUCUUUCGAGUUGAGUGCAUAAUCAAACUUGCCAGUUGGGCCGGUUGCUUCUCUGAUUCAUUUGUGUGAAGUGUAGUUUUGUAUGGUUUUGUUUGUGCUGUUUUCUUUGCCUUCAGUGAAGUAAAGACCGCCCACUUUUGAGCCAUGUUCCUUUAUCAAGUGGUUUCCCCUCAGUACUGCUACUACAGUGUAACCAUGGUGUAUUACAUUACUUUUAAAUAUAGUUAUUGAAUGUUGUUUUUUUCUGUAGAAACAAAAUAUGACAAUAAUGUAAUUGUGCUUGGGAAAAAAAAGAUUUUAGCCUGUAAAGAAUUUGAGUAAGUCCUUGUAGCCUGUCAGGAGAAUGGCCUACAGUCAUUUGACUACAGGGAAGUCAAAGAAGCUAACCAUCUGGAAUCCUUCUGCUCACAUGCCUCCAUACAGAGGUUAUCUGCCUACAUCUGCAUAGAGCAUGAUCAAAACACAAAGGUUACAGGUUAUAACAGGGUCUUUAAUAGAGUUGUUCUCUCUCUGUGUGCAAGUCACAGUGCCUUCCUACAUGCAAAUACAUUUAAAUACUGACGUGAAAGUGAAAUGGAUAUCAUACGGGGCAAUUUUCAGACAGUCCCCCACUGGGGCUCAUACUUGAUACAACGAUAAAGAGGUUCAGUUCUAAAUGAGAGAAGAACAAUGAAUGUGGUAGGUCCUUUAAAUGGUGUCAGCAGUGCAUUGCAAAUCCAUUUGUAAUCUCCGCCUGUACCUCGGGGUAAUUCUGGACAAGAAUGAUGUGUGAGGAACCGCUGUGUAACCGCAGUCAGUUAAACCUCCUUCUUCUCUUUCUUUGACAACCAAUAAGCUAAUAUUCUUGCUUUUUCAUGUGAAUGCCAAUGUAUAUGUUUGCCAGAGAGGGGAAGCCAAAGGAUGUUUGGAGGUUAAUCAACCAUUUUGUUUAUUCUGCAAAAAAAAAGAAAAAAAAAGAAAUGAUACAUGCAUCCUUAAUGGCUUCUGGUUGUGAAUACAUUAUCGAGGGUCCUUGCCCCACUUCCAACACCAAAUCCCCACUACCACUUUCGAAAAAAAGCAGCUUGCACUCAUUUCAGUUACUCACUAUUGAUAUUGACACACAACGACGUCCUAAGAUGUGGUAUCAUGAAGUUAGUGGAACAACAACAACAACAAAAAAAAGCUAAAUAUUGUGUUAUCUUGUGCUUACCUUUCAAAGGUAGUGCUUUGAGGUAAUAUUUGUUGACAGGGGCUGUGAAGCCCAUGCCUGGGACCUCCAAUAUAGCAACAUCUUUUAGGGAAAACUAGAUCAAAAGUAACACGCAGCUAGAGAUGUUCUCAUGGCCUAUUGCACAGAGAUGACAGCUGAGGUAGACGGGGAAAAGAGACGGACGAGAGAGGGAAGACGAAGAGUGAGCGCCAUGGGCAGUGGUCAUAAUCAGGGCCUAGCCACUUCCCCGAUGUGGGGUCACCAAUUGCAUGACAUUAGAUACAGUUAGCAAGACAGUUUACCAGGAGUCAUGGAAAUCUGGGGAAUGCAACACCCCAACCAGGAGCACAGUAACAAGUUCAGCUUUGAUUUGAAUGCUCAAAAAUAAAAAAAAAUAAAAAAAAAAAACAAUGAAAUAUCUGAUACCUGGAACUAUUUAAUGUCUGCAACAGUCAGGAAACUUAAAUUUUCCAGGUAUUUCUUUGAAUCAAAAGUUGACGCUCACAAUUUUUAAAAAGUCACUCCUUCAUUGUGUCAGUGACUUUGUGUCUUCUAUACCUGUUUGUGAGUAGUAGCUUCCUCAGGUUUCUCGUCUCCUACUUGGUUUGAACUCAUUUUCACAUUUCAUACUUCAGUAGUACAGUAACUACAGUACAGCUUUUUUUCUGAAUACAUAACACUUUUUGGAUGUAAUAAGACAAUACAAUUGGUUCGCAUAAUUUGGUGUUCACUGGCUUGUGAAAUAGACCCAUCGGUGGCAGGAGGAUAGCGGGAAAUAAAAUGGUCAGUAUUUGGAGCUACAUAAGACAAAUAAGAAAAAAAAGACAAAAAAUCUCAAAUUAUUAAAGUGAAUAUCACUGUGUAAUAUUUAUUCAACUUGUAAUUUAUGUACUCUUUUAACCUUUGUCUUUUUUUUGUUAUGACAAAGCAUUUAUUUAAAUAAAGUUAUGUAUUCAUUUAA